AAUAUUUGGCGCCAGCUUUGAUAAGUCGAAUUUCCGGGGGAAUCCCCUUAUUACGUGUUGCUUAUUUUAUAGCAAACAGAUGUCAGCAGUUGGGUCGCUGCACUGUUUAAGUCAUCAAAACGUUGUUUAAAAACUUUAUCUAUUGAUGAAAAAUUUAAACUAAUAAAGGAAGUAGAAAUGGGUGCGCGAAAAAAAGAUGUAGCUGUAAAGUAUGCUAUUCCGGCAAAUACAGUGUCAACUAUUUUAAAAAAUAAGCAAACGGUUAUUACUGCAAUCGAAAAUGGUGGUGCAUUACUUAAAGAAAAAGCAUUGGAAUUUAGUCAAAAAUUAGAACAACCGAAUUUCAAGGCAAGCACUGGUUGGCUCGAUAAUUGGAAACGAAGGUACAUAUGUACAUUCAUAAAAUAAAUGUGCAAGCUGGCACCUAAAGUUUUUUUUUCUAAGAUCUGGUAUAUGUCACAAAAGGCGCGUGGUGAGAGUAAUGAUGUAAGCGAAGAUGUCUGUAUAAAAUGGCAACGUGAUGUUUUACCUCAUUUAUUAGAAGGUUAUCAAGCACGGAACGUAUUCAAUGCAGUUGAGACGGGCUUAUUCUUUAAAUGUCUUCCAGAUAACACCUUAACUUUUAAAAACCCGAAAUGUCAUGGAGGAAAGCACAGUAAACAGAAAGUUACGUUGAUGAUUGCCGCAAACAUGGAUGUAUCAGAAAAAUUGAAAUUACUCUUGAUAGAUAAAAGUUAUCAACACCGCUGUUUUAGAGGUGUUAAAUGGUUACCUCUCGACUAUAAAGCAAAUUCAAAGGCGUGGAUGACGGGAGCCUUUUUUGAAGAAUGGCUUCUUAACUUAGACAAACAAUUUGGAAAAGCCGGAAGAAAUAUUCUACUUUUUAUUGACAACUGCCCAGCCCAUCCUAAAGACAUCCAACAGAGAUUAAAGUUUAUCAAACUUGCAUUUUUUCCCCCGAAUAUGACAUCAAAAUUACAACCACUCGAUCAAGGUGUCAUACAAAAUUUAAAAUGUCAUUAUCAUCGCAGAAUUUUAAAAACUACUAUAAAAUGCUUUGAAGUAAACAAAAAUCUUAACAUUACAUUAAUGGACUGUGUCGAUGAAAUAACUAAUGCAUGGAAUAUCUAUGUUAAGCCUGAAACCAUCUCUAAUUGUUUUAGAAAAGCCGGCUUCGGUCAAUAUUCUGAAUGGGUGGAAGAAGGUGACAUUCUUUUGGUUUUCAUAAGCGAAUGUAUAAAAGAAAGGAGUAAGGAAGAAAUUCAACUGCAGAAUGAAUAUGAAGCUUGGCAAAAUAUCAAAGAGUUUCCCACAGAUGAAGAUAUUGUGGAGCUAUUGGGAUCUAAAUCCGAAUUUGAGCAUGAUAGCGAAGGUGAUAUAGAAGAUGAUUUGCAAGAUGAUAUGCUGCAACCAGUUUCAAACGAACUAGUUGCAAAUUCGUUCAAGAUUUUGCGGUCAUAUUUAAAAACCAAUGAACAUACAACCGAUUCUCUGUACAAUGGUUUAAAUAAUAUUGAAGCUUUUUUUGAAAAUCAUAAUAAAAAAUCCUCUUGUCAAUCCCAAAUAACUGACUUUUUUUACUUUAAACGAAUGAAAGCUAUACAUCUAUUCAUACAAUGUUCUUAA